CCACUCAUUUAUGCCUCUCCUCAGAUCCCUUUCCCUCUCUCGAGCCAAAAGUCAGCGCCUUCUUUUGUCUUCUUUUCCUCUCCACUUCUUCUCUCUAACAAAAAGUCAAUUCCAUUGCAAAAAAGAGAAACAAAGAACAUGGAGGAGGAUUGGGAUCUACAUGCGGUGGUCAGAGGCUGCUGUGCCAGUUCCACCACCUCCGCCGCCACCAGCACCACCACCGCCACGACUACUUCUUGUUGCAGCUUCCAACCAAGACAAGAUGACAACAUUUUUAGCUUUCAAGAUCCAUUUGUGCCAAGAUUUGACAACCCCACAAGUGAUUUUGAAGAGCUGCAUAAUCUUUACAAGCCAUUCUUCCCCAAAUCACAACAACCACAACAAAUACUAGUACCUCUUUCUCCUCAAAAUAAUAUACCCAUUUCACCCCUCUCUGAUCUUGGAGGACUACAAGAUCUAUCACCCCAACAAACACUAAAACAGCAGCAGCAGCAACAUAUUCCUCAGCUGAACAGUAUAAGACUAACACAACCCAAACAAUCUCUGUCUAUAAAUGGCUCCACAACUAGUGCUUCACAUACUCAAAGCCCGAGACCUAAAAGAAGGAAAAACCAACUGAAGAAGGUAUGCCAAGUACCUGCUGAGGGUUUAUCUUCUGACAUGUGGUCUUGGAGAAAAUAUGGUCAAAAACCCAUCAAAGGCUCUCCAUAUCCAAGGGGAUAUUACAGGUGUAGCACCUCAAAGGGUUGUUUAGCCCGAAAACAAGUGGAGCGAAAUAGAUCCGACCCGAAUAUGUUCAUUGUCACAUACACAGCAGAACACAACCACCCUAUGCCUACUCACCGGAAUUCCCUUGCCGGAAGUACACGUCAUAAGCCGGCAAACUCCGAAGCAGGCACAGUAAAUGACUCUACCAAACCAACUACCUCAUCGCCGGUAUCUUCACCGGUAACGGAAAAGCAAGAAAGCAGCAGGGAUGAAAAAGCAGACAUUUUUGAUGAUGAUGAUGAUGAUGAAUUUGGGAGUUCCAAUAUGGGAUUAGAUAAUAACAUGGAACCUGCAGAUGAUGACUUUUUUGAAGGGUUAGAUGAACUUGCUGCUCAGGCUACCGGAGAUUGCUUUUCCGAUAACUUUCCAGUGUCUAUGCAACUACCAUGGCUGUCAAAUAAUGCUACAACCACCGCCGCUGGUGGUGUUUGACUUGCCGGAAAAAGGAAAAAAAAAAAGAAAAGAGAAGCCCAGUGCAUUAAGCUUCCGAUAAACACGGGAUUCAGGGAAAGAACGGACUACAAGGAUUUAUUGUACACAGCAGCAUGACCUUGCAUUUCUGCAUGAGUCUGUUUCCGGGAUUUGAACCAGUAAAUGUGAGAAAACGAGUUCAAGAAAUUGAUGCUUUUCUUCUUAUUCACUUUUCUUUCACACUUGUAGGAAUAUCUUUUUGUCCGUUAGAGAUGUAGGAAGACAGAAAGCAAUAGAGAAUCUUGAAAUCUCUGUGUCCUUUAUUU